AUGUACUUUUUCUUUUUAUAUCUCUUUAUUGCCCUUGCCACCUCAGUAGAGGCCCAGAAGGGUAACUACUCAGGCUCGCGGCACCUUUGGUAUAAUAGCCCCGGGAGCGAUUUCAGAUCAUCUCUACCUAUUGGCAACGGCAGACUGGGUGCACUGGUUCAAGGUUCCAUCUCGGAGAAAAUCAUCAUCAACGAAAAUUCGGUAUGGAGCGGUCCCUUUCAAGACCGUAUCAAUCCCGGCUCCUUAGAAGGAUUUCCCAAGGCUCGCAAAUUGUUGACUGAAAACAACUACACGGGAGCUGCGGGGUUCGCAGCAAGUGACAUGUACGGAAAACCCCCACAGAACAGGUGGUACAGCGUGACAGGAAACCUGCUGUUGGAUUUUGGGCAUCAGGAGGAGCAAAUCUCGAACUACGAGAGAUGGCUUGACACUCUGAACGGCAACACUGGUGUCAGCUACGAUGUCAAUGGAGUCACAUACACUCGUGAGAUUGUAGCCAACUUUCCCCUUGGCGUCAUUGCAGCGCGUUUCACGGCAAGCAAAAAUGGUUCGCUCAACAUCGGCGUGAGCCUUGACCGCAACAGAGGCGUCAUUAGUAACCUCGCAGUUGAAGGGGCAAAUAACAUCACGAUGGAUAUUGGAGGCUCAGGAGCGGACGCGAUUCCUUUCACUGCAGGCCUUCGUGUCGUUUCAAAUGAUGGUACGUGCGGGACCAUAAAGGCAGACGGAUCUUCCUUGAAUAUCACGAAAGCCUCCACAGUUGAUCUUUUCUUGGAUGUAGAAACAAGCUUCCAGUGGAGUUCCGAGUCUGACUGGAAGGCUGGUCUUGUGAACAAGCUAGACAAGGCAGUCAAGCGUGGGUUCGAGUCUCUCAAAGCGGAAGCCAUCUCAGACCAUCAGAGCUUGAUGGAACGCGUGGCCCUUGAUCUCGGAUCAAACAACAGCACCUCGAGUCAGCCAACUGAUAAACGAGUCAGUGCAUACGCGAGUAACCCAAACGAUGACCCUGAGUUUGUUACGCUGAGUUUCCAGUUUGGCCGUCACCUGCUUGUCUCUGCCUCUAGAGACACUGGCGGUCCUGGCUUAGGAGUCCCAGCAAACUUGCAGGGUAUUUGGAACGACAUGUAUAAUCCUCCCUGGGGAAGUAAAUUUACCGUCAACAUCAACACAGAGAUGAAUUACUGGCUAGCUGAGACAACCGACCUCCCGGAAACCCUCAGGCCACUGUGGGACCUCAUGUAUCGCAGCCUUGAUAGAGGAUCAGAAGUUGCCGCCAAGAUGUAUGGCUGCCCAGGCUAUGUGUCGCACCAUAAUCUUGACCUCUGGGGUGAUUCGGCCCCUCACGACAGUGGUACGGCUUAUACCAUCUGGCCAUCGAGUAACCUCUGGCUCUCUCAGCAUAUGAUGGAGCACUAUAGAUUCACUGGUCAGAUUCAAGAGUGGCGCCAUGACUAUACAGAAGCUGAACGGGGACACCGCCACUACUCACACCUCAUCGAUCUCUUCCCUGCCAGAGCAAUGUCCCCUCUUCUCAACAAGACUCUUGCGAAUGCAGCCCAGAAGAGUAUUGAACUUCGGCUCGCUGCGGGUGGUGCGUCCACUGGCUGGUCACGCGUGUGGACAGCAGCACUUUAUGCUCGAUUGCUCAACGGCGACAAGGCUUAUGGCAAUAUUCAGACUCUACUUGGUCGCCAUCCCGCCACCAACCUAUUUCACAAUAUCGAACCUGGCCAGGCAUUCCAGAUUGACAGUAACUAUGGUCUAGUAGCUGCUGUGGCGGAGACUCUAGUCCAAAGCCAAGCCGGCGUUGUGCAUAUCUUGCCUGCACUGGGCUCCCAGGUGAAGACUGGUUCUGUUUCUGGACUUGUGGCCCGUGGGGGCUUCCAAGUAUCCAUCGUUUGGCAGGAUGGGCUCCUCGUGGAAGCGAAAGUUGAGACCACGUCAGGACAAACAUAUACUAUUACUCUCGCCUAA